AUGCAGACUGAACAACAAAAAGAGCCACAGACCGCAUCAAAUGCGGUCGAAAACCAGGAAAUUACCUUGAAAACAGUUUUUGAUGAUAAAUUAAAUUUUAAUUUAAAACAUCCAUUGUCAAGACCCUGGACUUUGUGGUUUUUGAUGCCACCUACUCCUGGUCUUGAAUGGAAUGAACUUCAAAAGAACAUUAUUACCUUUAACAGCGUGGAAGAGUUUUGGGGAAUUCACAACAACAUCAAUGCUGCUUCCAGCUUGCCCAUAAAGUCUGACUACUCCUUUUUCCGUGAGGGUGUACGUCCUGAAUGGGAAGAUAUUCACAAUAAAAAUGGUGGUAAAUGGGCUUUCCAAAACAAGGGUCGUGGAGGAAAUGCUUUAGACGAAAUGUGGCUUACUACAGUACUUUCUGCUGUUGGUGAAACUUUGGAUCCUACUGGUGAGGAAGUGAUGGGCGUUGUUAUCAACAUGAGAAAAGGUUUCUAUCGUUUGGCUGUCUGGACAAAGACUUGCACCAACCGCGAGGUUCUUUUGGAGAUUGGUAACCGUUUCAAGCAAAUCUUAAACUUGCCCCGUACCGAGACCAUUGAGUUUAGUGCUCAUGAAGACUCUUCGAAGUCCGGUAGUACUCGUGCAAAGACCCGUAUGAGCGUUUAA